CUUAUUUGCCACCGUUCAAUCCCCCCUUCACUGGAAUUCCUUUCUCUCCCCAGCUUUCAAAGAAAGACCCACAACACUCAAUUCAUCGAUUCAGUGCCAUAAAAACACGCAUUCAGGAUGGCCAGCAAAGAAGCAACGAUCUACAUUCUCGAUGUUGGUCCAACCAUGAAGGCUAAACGCGAAGGCUCUACUGUGUCGCGUCAUGAAGAGACAAAGAAGGUCCUGCUGAAACUCCUUGCCAACAAGGUCCACAUGAAUCGAAAGACUGUCUACGUCUCUGUAGUCCUAGUCGGCUCCGACAUUACGAAUAACGAUUUAGCCUCAGUGGACGAAAAUGGGGCGGAUUAUCAGUUUGUGGAUGUACUACAGCCUUUGGGAGUCGCCACCCUGGACCUCAUGAAAGGUGUUCAAAACGAUGUCAAACUUGGAGAAACUAUGGGGGACUGCAUGGAUGGAUUGAUCGUUGCGCUGGACAUGAUGACAAAGUUUUGCAAAAAGCUGAAGUAUGAGAAAAGGAUCUAUAUCCUCACAGAUGCUUGCGCGGAGAUCAAUGUGGAGGGAGUGGAGCAGAUCACAUCGGCCCUCAAUGACGAUAAUGUCCAGCUCAAUGUUAUUGGUACCGAUUUUGAUGGCGAUGAUGAAGAGAGCAAGCUGAAAUCAUUGAUGCAGGCUCAGAAUGAAGAGCUCUUCAGGAAUCUGUGUCAGGCCUCUUCUGGGGACGUCUUUUCGAUCGACGAGGCCUUGGAUAUCACUUCCCAAUUCUACUCGAAAAAGGUCAAACCAACUGCUGUAUACCGGGGAAACCUUGAUCUUGGAGACCCAGAGACCCAUCCAGAAGCCGCAUUGUCGAUCCCAGUCCACAUGUACCCAAGUACGAUGGUUGCCAAGUUGCCCAAUGCCAAGAAAUACUCAAUCUUGUCCGAGAGUGCAGUAGCAGAUGAUCUGCCAGAUGGUCAUACCGGAAAUGUGAACCAGUCAAGGACGUACAAACUGAAGCACACAGCGGACACGGCAGAUGGUGACAUGGAGGAGGACACAGAGGUUCCGGCAGAUGCCCUCGAAAAGGCCUACAUGUAUGGAAAAACGAUCGUCCCUAUUCGAGCUGUCGAUUUGGAUGCAUAUAAGCUGCGGACAGCUAAGAGCCUCACAAUCCUAGGCUUUUUCGCCGCUUCAACUUUUCGCAGGGAGUGGCUCAUGAGCAACAUAUAUUCUGUCUUUGCUGCCCCAAGCGAUCAAAAAGCCGAAGUCGAGAUUGCUGGGCUUUUAUUCGCGCUUCAUGAAAAGAAUACGUAUGCCCUAUGUCGAUAUGUCCGAGUCGACGACGCUGAACCAAAAUUAGGUAUCCUCUGGCCCGAAAUUUCAGCCGAGUACAAGUGCUUCUACUUUGGACAGGUUGCGUUCAGUGAAGAUGUUCGGCGGUAUCUGUUUGCAUCUCUGGACGACAUCCAGACCACGAACGGCAAGAAGCUGGAUAAGCAUCGACUGCUCGCCACGCCAGAAAGCAUAGAAGCCUGCAGAGAGUUCAUUUCUGCCAUGGAUCUGAUGACUGCAGACGAUGGAGAGGAGUAUCUAAAACCCGAGACGACAUACAAUCCUGCAGUACAAAGACAGAUGCAGUUGGUGGAAUUUAGAGCACUGAACCCGAGCAAGGAGUUUCCAGAGAUCCCCUCCUCUCUGAUCACGCAACUAUUGCCAAAACCAGAGAUGCUGACCGUCUCACAGUCAUUAUCUGAUAAUUUGAUCCGCCUAUGGGAUAUCAAAAAGGUGGAGGAGUCGCUCAAGGGCAAGCGUGGAUAUGCAGCAUCACUAGAGAAUGAAAACGACAAGGACGGAAUCGCGCAAGUGAGCGGCACAGGCUUGGGUGAAUCAUCCAGCAGUCUUUUUGAUGGCCUGACGGGUAACCAUCAAAACGCCAAGCGUCAGAAAUCAGAGUCUAUGUUUGGCACAGCAACAACGAGCUCGGUCAUUGGGGAGCGUGGAGGGGUCAGCAAUGGAUCUGCCUUUGGAGGCACUGGCGAUGAUCUAGCCGCAAGUGGCAUGAUUCCAUUCGAGAUGAGCGCGGUCCGUGAGGUGGGCACUUCAAAUCCAGUUAAAGAUUUCCAGACGAUGGUCAGAAUUGCAACUAUUCACAGUCAACAAGGAGUUCGUCCCGCGGGCGCUGGUUUUGUUACGGUAGCCUUGGCUGUGGAUCAGAUGAAAGCCAUGAUUUUAAAGCUGAUCGCCACCUCCUUUGGAGACCAACUGUACGAAAAAGCGAUUGAUUGUCUGAAGAGCCUUCGAGUCUUUCUAUCGAAUGCCGAGACGGUCGAUCUGAUCAGCAUGGAUUCAGAAAACGGGAAGAAGGAAACUAUCAGGGGCCGAGUCGAGACAUGGAAUACGUUUAUCAAAGAGGUCAAACAGAUAUGUUUGAAUACUUCGGUCUCGCCUGUGAGGACGGAUUUCUGGGACUUGAUCGUGAAGCAGAAGGAGA